GCAAGGUUGAAAGUUGAAUGUCACCUAACCUCAAAAUUUUUCGUGACACUUAUGUCAUAAUCCAAUUGGAAAUUUUCAUUUAGUAAUAAUUACCUUCAUUUUGAAACAUACUCUGGAUUACCAUUAGGUAAUCUUUAAUCAAAAUUCAAGUUCAAUAGGAAUUAUGCAUCGAUUAAACUAUGUUUUACUACGUAAUUCAUUACGGAAAACCCCAACUGGGUUGCGGUUUUAUGCGAAAGAACAAAGACGACAGACCUUUAUAUCACGGUUAUACGAUAACUUCCGGGAUGAAAUGGCAAAAAACAAGGAGAUGAAAGAAUCUUUAAAAAAAUUUCGAGAGGAAGCACAAAAAUUGGAACAAAGUGACGCUUUAAAAGCCGCCCGGCAAAAAUUUGAAAACGUUGAAAAGGAAGCAAGCAAAGGAAGUGAAGUGUUCAAAGAGAAAUUUAGUUCGAUUAAGGAGAAAGUUCAAGAAGUUGUGGAGGAAGUGGGAAAAUCGAAUAUUGCAAAACAAGCUGGGAAAAUAUCAGAAGAAAUUGGUAAAACUACUCACACAUUUACGGAAAAAGCUCAAGAACUGGGGAAGACCAGUGCCUUCCAAAGCAUUUCUCAGGCUACAGAAGCUGUGAAAAAAGAAAUUGAGACAACAAGUAUAGAAGGUAGGGUUUAUGUGAGCCCCACUAAACUAAGGAAAAGAACUGAAACAUCUGCAGUCCAAAAUGUUAAGUAUUAUGAAGCCAAUACUGAAGCUACGGGAGUUGAAUUACACAAGGAUUCUAAGUUUUAUCAAUCAUGGCAAAAUUUUAAAGACAAUAACCAGUAUGUGCAUAAAGUAAUUAAUUGGAAACUAAAGUAUGAUGAGAGUGACAACCCAUUAAUUAGAGCCUCAAGGGUGUUAACAGAAAAAGUAUCUGAUGUAAUUGGUGGAUUAUUUAGUAAAACUGAAUUAUCUGAAACACUAACUGAGAUUUGCAAAAUAGACAGUUCAUUUGAUACAAAACGCUUUUUGAAACAAUGUGAAACUGAUAUUAUUCCAAAUGUAUUGGAAGCAAUGACAAGGGGGGAUUUGGAAGUUUUAAAAGACUGGUGCCAUGAAGGACCCUAUAACAUCUUUGCAAUUCCUAUUCAAGAAGCCUACAAAAAAGGUUACAAAAUUGAAUCAAAAAUUUUGGACAUUGACAAUGUAGACCUAGUAAUGGGAAAAGUUAUGGACCAGGGCCCAGUUUUAAUCAUAUCAUUCACCUCACAGCAAAUGAUGUGUGUUAAAGACAAACAAGGAACUGUUGUGGAAGGAGAUCCAGAUAAAGUAAUGAGGGUGGCAUACGUAUGGGUGUUGUGCCGGGACACAACUGAACCAGAUCCAAGGGCAGCUUGGCGGCUUCUGGAUUUAUCAGCCAGCAGUACAGAACAGCUGGUGUAAUCAAUAUAGAUAUCUUAGAUAUCGAAAAUGCAACUAAAGUUGUUUUUGUGUUAAAUUUUGUACUCAAGAACAAAUUAAUAUUUGUAAAUAGUGCUAAUUUCAGAAAAGCAAUUUUAUUUGUAGUGCAAGACCUCUGUUGUUUUGUUGGUCGCCCCUUAAAAUGGUUGUUAUAGUUUCAAAUGGAUAAACUUGUUUUCAUUACACACCACAGAUUGUUCAUUUGGAGUCAAGGCAACGCGAUGUUUUGGAGUCAGAUUUAUUUAUUGUGAUUCUAAAUUUUGUUGUUUUUGUACAAAUUUAAUUGUAUAGAUAUAAUUUAUAUAUUUUCAAUAAAAACACUGUUUUUAA